GGAGAACAGCGGAGGAUUCAAACUGAACAUGGCUGCGGGUAAAGAUGUCGAUGAAAACACACAAAAUAAAAGAGGUACAGUGAGCAGUAUGGUGACCAAUCGUGACGAAUCUCCGGGGGGCUCACGUGCCGGCCGACCACCCGUCAUCUUCAACCCGGACUUUUUUGUGGAGAAACUCCGCCAUGAGAACCCUGACGUUUUUCUGGAGCUGGUGCUAAGUAACAUCACUCGCCUUAUUGAUCUUCCUGGGACAGAGUUUUCCCAGCUCCUGGGUGAGGAGGGUCCUAAGACCCCAACAGGUGGAAACGGAGGCUUCUUUCGCUCUUUCAACUUCCUCAAACGCAAAGAUAAAGGUGUUGUGUUUGGGACUCCGCUGACCGAGAGCAGCAUUGCACAGAUCUACCAGCUCAUUGAGUACCUCAGCAAAAAUCUGCAUGUGGAGGGUCUGUUUCGGGUGCCGGGGAAUAGUAUACGGCAGCAGGCCCUUAAGGAGCUCCUCAACAGUGGAGUGGAUGUUGACCUGGACUCUGGAGACUUCCACCCCAACGACGUUGCCACGCUGCUCAAGACUUUCCUGGGAGAGCUGCCCGAGCCCUUGCUCACACAUAAACACUUCCACGCACACCUGAAGAUAGCUGACAUGACUCUGUUUGAUGAACAUGGCAACAAAACUGCGAUACCCAACAAGGAGCGUCAAAUCGAAGCCUUGCAGCUUCUCUUCCUGCUGUUACCUCAAGCCAACCGCUCACUGCUCAAACUGUUGCUGGACCUGCUCUACCACACCGCUAAACAGCAGGACAAGAACAAGAUGUCUGCCUUUAACCUGGCCCUCAUGUUUGCCCCGCAUGUUCUCUGGCCUAGACACAUGACAGCCUGUGACCUGAAAGACAAUCUGAAGAAACUGAACAACAGCAUGGCCUUCCUCAUCAAACACUCACAGAAACUCUUCAGGGCUCCAGUCUACCUGCGGGAAUAUGCCAGAGUGCACUUCACUGGGUCCAAAGCUCUGCAGACCAAGGAUGAUCUUGAGCUGCUGCCAGUAAACGGCUCUCCUGCUCAGCGGACGGUGUUGCCCCAGAAGAGGACGGCUGUUCUGGGCCCCAGCUCUCAGGACCAGUGCCAGUCACCAGCUCAACAAUACACAGAGGAGGCCCUGAAGGAGCUCUUCAGACACGUCCACCACAACAUGCCGGACUCCGCCAAGAAGAAGAAACUUGUCCGACAGUUAGUCAAACAGACCACCUCAGGCACGCCUACCAAUGAGCGCUGCCAAGUCCCCCCAGGUCCUAGCAAGAAACAUCUCCGUUCACGCUCCUUUGGUGGACUCAUCAAGCGCAAGGCUCGUGGCGAGCAGCUGACAGCAGAGAGGCGACUUAGGCACGUCUCACCGGAUACCGUCACCAGGACAGGAAGAAAACCUGGCAAAGAGAACAUCAUCCUGCAGCAGGUGAAUAGCCCAUUGAAUGGUCCUGUGAUGGGGAAAGCGGGGCUGGUAGUAAAAAACCCAGAUUUCUCUUUUAAUGAGAACAAAGCUCUGAAGGUGUCCAAGCAGGACACUCCCUCCAUCUCCAGGAUGUGUUUCUCUCCUGCUCAGGACGUCUCGGUGUAGAACCUGACACCUCCUCCUCCUCGUCUCGGACAGGACUUGAGGCAGUAUUAAUAUUAUUAUUCCUCGUUUUUUUUUAUCAUUGUGUUAUCAUCGUAGUAAGUCUACCGUUAUUUUAACUGUGACUAAUAUACAGCUGCUUUAGCCUCAGCCAGACCAGCCAAACCAAAGCCAGGACCUCUGUCUUCUGUCCACUGCUGGACUGACAAUUAAAUAAAAUGCUCCGCUGUAGCUUUGCGUGACGGUGAUAAAAUAAAUCUAAUUAAAAUCAUACAAAAUGCAUUUUUAAUUCAAUAUAUAUAUCUGAUAAAACACACAAAAAAAAUGUUAUAAUUUCAUUAACAGUUUAAAAAAAUUCCCUAAUUUCUUUCAGUUGUCUUCAUUAGUGAUUUUACACAUUUUAACAUUUAGAUGAUGAAACUAUGUAUGAAGCGUAGCAUGAUUCGCUUAUGCUGCAAAAUAUGAAAAAUAUUGCAUUAUUGAUCAGCCACACUUGACUUCAACGGGCCCCACAGACAUUGGGUUUGUACAAGUAUGGAAAUCUUUGGGACCAAAUGAAGUCUGCAUUCCAUUUUUACUCUUUUAACUCUUUAAAACUCUUUGAAAUCUAUUAAAUUUUAUUUUUAGACCACACAAUGCACCACUAAUGGCCAACAGAUUGGUGCAACAGUACUUUGGGAUUGAAUCUGACUGAUUCAGGUCAGGUGGGACUAUAUUUUUUUUAAAUUUAUUUAUGUUUGUUUUGUUUCGGUAUUCAGAAAUGACCAAAAUCAUAAGAAUUUCAUGCGUUUACCUUGAUAAAGUUUAAGGUUGAGAUAUUUGAAUAAAAGUGAGGAAAAACUCCCACAUCUGGCACAACUACAAGUCUGCAUGACACGAUCUGCUUAAAGAUCAUGUUUUAAAACAUGCUAAACUAUUCACGCGUAAGCAUUAAUACUCAUCAUGUUGCAUGGUGCUCUGUUUUGAAUAAACACUGUCUAAACUUAUCACUUAGCUCUACCUCUAAUGAUAAUCAGAACAGUUGAUCAGGGUCUUUGCUUUGGUUCGGUUGCGCUGACUCUGACCCGCUUGUGUGCCAGUUAUCACUUGAAACAUGUUUUGUUAGCUACUGUAUCAGAAUCUAUGACCACUAGCUAGACGAGCUUACAGUAUACAUGUUGUACAGUAUGUAUGUGUGUGUUUGUGUGUUUUGGUCUUAUUGGGAACGGUGAUGUGUGAUUUUUGGUACGUUACGUUGGUGACUUUGUGUACUGGAUGAUAGCUGGGUGAACAUUUCUCAUCCUGAUGUGAAAAAUAUGAUUUUAAUUUUAAACCGCCUUUACUAUUCUCAUAGUCUUUGUCAUAAUGAAACCAUCAACUAGUUGGAUCCAUAUUUGUGAAUCUGUCAAAU